CUGGAACCUAUAAAUACCGUGGAGAUUAGAUCAGGCAAAUAACGAAAGUGUCCUGCACAUCAGAUAGUCUGAAGAAGCAGCACCUUGUACAACAAAGAAGAAUGAAGCCUGGUCUUGUGUUUCUUGUGAUCUCAGCAGGAAUUAUAUCUGUAAAGUUGGAACCCUACAUCCAAAGUAAUUACAAGUCAGAGUCUUCUAACGAAGUCUAUCAACAAACUUUGUAUGAGAAACUUUGGGAAAGUGGACUUGAUAUCGCUGACCAGACCCUUCAAACGGAUUUCUUGAAGCAAAUGCAGGCUGGAACUCUGAAAGCUGAGCGUUACAUAAACUUCACAUUACAAGACAUUUAUUACGCAGUGAAAGUCACAAAAAUAUUGAACCGCCUUUCAAAGCGUAAUUUCAGCCAGGAUGAAACUGAUCUACAACAGUUUUUCAGCAAAACAAACCAAAGUUACAGCCAUUUUGCUGACACCUUACUCAUUGGCUACAGCCUCAAGAACAUCCAUGAGCUUCGUCCCUGGCCAGUCAUCGAUAACUACGUCAGAAGUUAUGAAAAGCUACUGAAGAGAAACCCACUCUACUUUGCAGUUGGGAUGUUGCCGUGUUCAAAACUUUGGCCUUAUAUUGCUAACAAGCUGACAAUUGACACCAGCAGUCCUUACUAUCAUUUCAAAAGUGAAAAUGAACAUGAUGGUUCCAAGAACAACUACGAAAGUCUGCUAGAGAGACACCGCCUCAAGAUCAGCGAGCGACAAGCCAAGAAAAUAUUUCAGACUCAUAUGAAGCUUGAGAUGCAGUUUUUUGCAGAAGCCUAAUCUGGGCACUACACUUUUACAUUUUUUUAGUCUGUAUUUAAAAACCAUAUUUAAAGUUUUGUCCCGUCCACAUUUUUGUUUUGUGAUCUUCAUUUAAGUGUUGUUGUUGUUUUCCUUUUAUUGUGUAGCCUUUCUCCUCAAGGCUACUUUUGUGCCUUUUUCAUGCAUUACUUUUUAUUGUCCACUGAGGAGGUCUCAAAAGCACUGAACUACUUUAUUUAUGUAUUUAAAACCAUAUUUUUAUAAACACAGUUUAAUUAAUUAAUUUCUGAACCCUUAUAACUAGUAUGAUAAAAUGAUAGCCAAUAUAAAACUCUGAAAUCAAUAACACAAACAGGUAUAUUUGCAUGGCAGCAUUCUAACAGUAUAAACAAAAUGCAAAUUUUAAAGGUACCCCUGUUAAUUUGGUUUAAGUUGUGUAAUCAACAGCAUAUUGGGACCAUCUUCUGCAAAUUACAAGAAAUAAAUCCUGUUACAACUCAAUAAACUGAUAUUCUGUCAGUUAA